UUGCCUACCUGUGUCUACGCACGGCAUCUUGCGCAGCAGAAAGCAGUACCGAUCUCACAUACGCUGGUGCCCGACCAGAGCUUGGCCCGUCCUUCACCUACUCACCCUCAUGCCUAGAAUCGCCAAUAUGGGCAGCGUCGUCCGCGAUGUUUCCCGAGGGGAACAACCCAACCACGGCAAUCUCGCUAUUUUGACCAGGAUUGAUAAAUUACGUGAGCUGGUCGGUACCGGGGUUUCCCUACCUCAGCUCGUUGUCGUCGGAGACCAGUCGUCGGGUAAGAGUUCGGUGCUCGAAGGCCUGACGGGGUUUGCCUUUCCUCGAGAUGCAGAGCUCUGUACGCGCUAUGCCACCCAGAUCACCUGCCGUCGUGAAUCCGAAGAGAGCAUAAACGUCUCGAUUAUCCCCAGUCCAGACGCCUCGUCUGAUGAACGGGAGCGUGUUGGGAACUUCCAUCAUGCCAUGAAGGAAAUGACACCCCAGAGUCUGGCGAAAUUGUUUACCGAGGCAAACGAGGCAAUGGGCAUCCGCAGCACCGUGAAGUCUUCUGCAAAAAAUUCCGACCGUUCGGCGUUCAGUGAGCAUAUGCUCAAGAUUGAGAAGCUUGGGCCGACAGAGGACCAUUUUACCGUCAUCGACGUGCCAGGAAUAUUCAGAAAAGAGACCGAGGGGGUCACGACCGAGGCCGAUAUAGAGCUCGUGAGAAACAUGGUGAUUAAGUACAUGAAAGACUCUAGGACCAUAAUAUUGGCAAUUAUGCCCAGCAACGUGGACCCAGCAACACAGGAGAUCCUGAAAUUAGCGAGAAACGCCGACCCGAAAAUGGCAAGGACCAUGGCCGUUCUUACGAAGCCGGAUCUCGCAAUAGAGAAGACGAUACAGAAUAUUGCCAUCAGCCUCGUGGGUGGCACAAGGAGCGAUCUGACCUUGGGGUACUACAUUGUGAAGAAUCGCGGUCCGGACGAUGUGGGCAAGACCCUCGAAGAGGGCCAAGCCGACGAGAAGAAGUUCUUCUCCAAAGCGCCCUGGUCAGAACUUCGGUCCACCGGGAAGGUCGGGAUACCUGCUCUUAAGGCACGAGUUCGCGAACUCCUCAUCGACCUGAUAAAAAGAGAAUUCCCGAAACUGAGAGCGGAGGUUGCGAAAAAGCUAUCUUCGUCGAGCGCCGAACUUAGCUCCAUGGGACAGUCGCGAGCCGACCAGCAUACCCAGAGAACCUAUCUCAACCGCCUGAGCGAAUCAUUCCAGGCCUUGGCUCGAGAUGCACUCAACGCAUACUACAGUGGCCACCCAGUGUUUGAGGACGGAGACGACCUCCGACUCAUCACUCGUAUAGUAGAGGCUAACGAUUGGUAUGCGGAGCAGAUGAGGACAACAGGACACACGAGGGCAUUCGCAAAAAGCACCGGCUCAGAGACGGGUCAGAGUCAGGCAGAGACCCCGUCCGCCGGCGUCCCACUAUUCCAAGAUAUAUUUCAGGAAACCCACUAUCCCGAAUUGGAAGAACUUUUUAAUGCUUACGCCCUUGAUGUUGCCGAGCCUAACACCGAUGGGGAGGUCGAUAUCAUGAAGUAUAUCGACCAGGUGUACCGAAGAAGUCGUGGUCAGGAGCUCGGCACGUUUGGCGCCACAGUUAUACCGACGAUGUUCAAAGAGCAAUCCAAGAAGUGGAAAAGCCUCACAAUGAAACACAUGAUUGCUGUCGUUAUCCGAGUCCACCAUUUUAUCUCUGGAGCGGUCAAAACUGUUUGCCCCGAUGAUGGUCGGGUUUACCAUGAGCUAUGGAACGAAUACCUUCUCGACGAACUCCUGAAGUCUUACCGCAGGGCCAUGGACCAUGCGAAGUUCCUAUUGGAGAUCGAGCAAGAGGAGGCUCCCAUUACGCUCAAUCACUAUUUCAACGAUACUCUACAGAAAGACCAGAGCAGCCGCUUCGUAGAGGUAGUGAAAGCGCUCUGUGUAACCAAGCAAACGCCGAUAUUGGAUGGAUACAACCAACCGACCGGUGCGACCAAACCGGAACUCGUCUUUGAUGAAGCGCUCAUGAAGAAUGUCUCCUUAAACAUGGCCAACUCGGAAUAUGUACGGGAAUUCAUACAUGACGUUCUCAAGAGUUACUACAAAGUAUCGCGCAAACGGUUCGUCGACGUCGUUUGCCAACAGGCCGUGAACCACUAUCUGCUAGCGGGUCGGGGUAGCCCGUUGAAGAUUUUCAACACCCAGAUGGUGCUAGACCUCAACGAGGACCAGUUGGACAUGAUCGCUGGGGAAGAUUCGCACGUGAGGCUGCGUAGAGAGAAGUUGGGAAACGACAUGAAGAACUUCCGGGAGGCAUUGAAGGUGUUGAGAGGAUCGGACUAGCUUCGGAUGUAGGUAUGCAUGCUGCCUUUUGCUGCGCAGUGUUCUUCUUCUCGAAGCUGGACAGGGGUUGGUGGUUGUAUCCAUAGAUACCUAACUCGUGAAUAAGGAACGCAUAGAUGCAUUAGCAUUGCAUGAGCAUUGCAGGAUCGGAUGUACUCGGCACCUUUAUCGGCUGUAAUCCCACCUGCACGAACCCAUCACAAGACCUGCGCCGU